GAUCGCUUCGGCCUUGAGUACGACCUGGACAUCUACAACAUCGUGGCCGUCAAGGACUUCAACAUGGGCGCCAUGGAGAACAAGAGCCUGAACGUCUUCAACACCUCGCUGACCUUGGCACGGGAAGACACGGCCACGGACGACGACUACGAGCGGAUCGAAGGUGUCAUCGGCCACGAGUACUUCCACAACUGGACGGGAAACCGGGUCACCUGCCGCGACUGGUUUCAGCUCACCCUGAAGGAGGGUUUGACGGUGUACCGCGACCAGGAGUUCUCCGCGGACAUGGGCUCCCGGGCUCGCAAGCGCAUCGAGGACGUGAGGAUCCUGCGGGCGGCACAGUUCCCCGAGGAUUCCUCGCCGAUGGCGCACCCCAUCCGCCCCGAGAAGUAUGCGGCCAUCGACAACUUCUACACGGCCACGGUCUACAACAAGGGAGCCGAGGUCAUCCGCAUGUACGAGACGCUCUUGGGCCGGGAUGGCUUCCGAAAGGGGAUGGACUUGUAUUUCGAGCGCCACGACGGAAAUGCCGUGACUUGUGACGACUUCCGCGGGGCGAUGCAG